AAGCAUCCUUACCACCCUCCUAAGUCUACAGCGCACUCCACAUUUGCUGAGUGCUCCAGGCACCUGCACAGAUGAGCGAUGACAACCGCUCUGUAAUGUGACCAGACCUGCUGGGCUUCCAGUCCUGCCUCCCCUGAAUUACACUGACUGGUACUUCCAGGAAUUUUGCAGCAGCCCUGAAGCCUUUGUUCUUUCUUCAGAGUUAAGGAAGUGGGAGAGAGGGGGCUGGGUGGGAAAGAGACUUCUUUGAUUUGUAUGAAAUGACCUCAGAUCGGAAGAUGUCAGACUUUCGAAAGACCAGUGGCAAGUGACUCCAUAUAUUGUAGAUACUGCCGUGUUAGGAGUUGAAGAUAUCUGAAGCUCUGUGUGAAAAUGGGAACCAACUUUCUGGGAACAAUGACUAUCACCUUUCCCUGUGGCGUGCAAACGAAAGUGUGUUUCUUUCAUUUAUGUCAUCCACACCGACCCUUUAAUGUUACAAGUCACUGCUAGGUUCCUUCUGCCCUCAUCCCAUGCCCCAAGAGUGUAAUUCUUUUUUCUCUCUUCCCAUACAUAGCCUACACAAACAUGUAUAGGCUAUGUAACACCACUGGAAACGGAUUUAACCCAGCUCGCCACAGACUCUUUGGCCGCUGAUGAUCUUUUACCUACGCCCAUUACAAGUGCAUUUUUUCUUUAUCUGUGUCUGUGUGCCCAGAGGUAGAAAUAACACUGAAAUGCAAAAGAGGGGCAGAGAAACGGGAAGACGAAUAAAGCCGAGGGGCAGAAGUCCUAAAUGUUGUGGUUUGCAAGGCGGGCUGGCAGGUUGCGGGGCGAAGCAGAAAAAGUAGAAGCACUUACUCUAAAUGGCGAGGAGGAGAGAGCUGCAGAAGAGCCGGGAGAUCAGAUCCGAGUUGAUGGGAUGGAAGGGGGGCGGGGUGAGGCGAGGGAAACUCAGCCCCUGUGAAAAGGACCCGUCAGUCCUUUCCAGAACGUAAUUUGCUAAGAUCCGCCACUUGCAUUUCGUAUGCAUAGGGGGAAGGCUUUCCGGAAGCGGGGCUGGGCGGAGAGGCGCUGCUGGCCGCUCGGGAUUCAGCACCCGGGGUCCGAGAAAAGCGGUGCGAGCUAGGGCAGCAUCUCUCGUCCGGCCCGCGCCGCAGAGGAUGGACGCCACGCCGGAAAGGACAAUAAAUGAGGAUUGAAGGACUCAAGCCCUCUGGAGAAGCUUGCCGAAAUUCAGGACUGGGAAGAGAAGCGGUUCAACCUCUUCACACUUGCGGGUUCAGGGACUGGUCAUUUCUCAAUCCCUGGAGAGAGAGUCCUUCCUCAAGGAAGUGAAAAUAAUGAACUUUUGGAGGUACUGCUUUUUUGCUUUCACUGUGUUCAGUGGGGUUAUUUUUGUGAUAUUUUAUAAUAGCCCGUUACACCUGCCAAAGAAUUUCGGGACGCUGAAUAGCUCCAGUCACAGGUAUUUUAGAAUACAUGCCUGUGAUUACGCCUUAGAAGAUAAGUCCACUUUUUUGUGGGGAAAGACCUUGCCAUCACCUUUGGGGAGUGUCCCCUGUAAGGACUACCUGAUCCAAAAUCACUACAUCACCAGCCCCCUGUCGGAAGAAGAAGUUGCUUUUCCUUUGGCUUAUGUCAUGGUCAUCCAUAAGGACUUUGAUACUUUUGAAAGGCUCUUCAGGGCUAUCUAUAUGCCCCAAAAUGUCUACUGCGUUCAUGUGGAUGAGAAAGCCACAGCUGAGUUUAAGGAAUCUGUGUGGCAGUUACUGAGUUGCUUCCCAAAUGCUUUUGUUGCUUCCAAGAUGGAGCCAGUGGUCUAUGGGGGUAUCUCCAGGCUCCAGGCUGACCUGAACUGCCUAAAAGACCUCGUGGCGUCCAAGGUGCCAUGGAAGUACGCCAUCAACACGUGCGGGCAAGACUUCCCCCUGAAAACCAACAAGGAGAUAGUUCGGUAUCUGAAAGGCUUUAAAGGGAAAAACAUUACCCCGGGGGUGCUGCCCCCCAAUCACGCAAUUAAGCGGACUAAAUUCGUCCACCGGGAGCAUAUAGGCGAAGAUGGCUCCUUUGUGAAAAAUACAAAUAUUUUGAAAACCUCACCUCCACAUCAGCUGACCAUCUACUUUGGCACUGCCUAUGUGGCCCUUACCAGAGAGUUUGUCAACUUUGUCUUCCGUGACAAAAGGGCCAUUGAUCUACUACACUGGUCAAAAGAUACUUACAGCCCCGAUGAACAUUUCUGGGUGACACUUAAUAGGAUUCCAGGUGUCCCUGGCUCCAUGCCAAACGCAUCGUGGACCGGUAACCUCAGGGCUAUAAAGUGGAUUGACAUGGAAGAUAAACACGGAGGCUGCCAUGGCCGCUAUGUCCACGGCAUCUGUAUCUAUGGAAACGGAGAUUUGAAGUGGUUGAUUAAUUCGCCCAGCCUCUUCGCUAACAAGUUUGAGCUUUCCACGUACCCCCUCACCGUGGAAUGCCUCGAACUGAGGCUUCGAGAAAGAGCCCUAAAUCAGAGUGAAACAGUAAUACAGCCCAGCUGGUAUUUCUGAUCCACUGUAACACGGGCUCGACAGGCGCUCGCAGCUGGGAAGAAGAGCCUUUCUUUGUGAGAGAACUUUGCCUUGCUUAUGUGAAUAGUUGCCAGAACGAGGUUACGGCUGCAGGACCUGGCCAUGUUAUUCUGUGUGAAACCAUCCACUGGACACUGUGAACUCUGCUAUUGGGAUGGCUGCACAGGGCCAUGCCGGCAUUUUGGCCACAAUGGCGGCCUCCUGAUGCUCCUACGUCAUGCUAACUCUCUGAUCAGUGAUCAACUGAACUGAUGUCAAACCUUUGCACCGGAUACUCAUUAUAGAGAAAUGUUCUCAUGAAAAGGAGAACUGUAGAUAAUACUAUUUAGGAAAAUAGGAAUUGUGUUUCUUUGAAGGAAUCUUCUAUGAUAGAUCUAUAGCCACGCAUCUGUGGACACCACUCCUCUUUGCUCAGCCGCAUGUAGGCAUAGAAACAACUUUCUGGGCAACUCAGCAAUCUCUUUUAAAACUUGAGCUACCAGAAGGGAAAACUAGAUCUUGUUCCCAGGUUUCAACACUAACCUUUCCAGUUUACUGUGUCUGAAGUCCUGUAUAGAAUGUAAAGUCAUUGACAGGAGGUGGGAUAUGCUUUCCGACAGCAGCCACUACCUCCUGCUUCAGCAAAGGAAUCCCAGCAAAACAGGACAUUUUUUGUGGUGUGUCAGAAUGUUCGCUAGUCCCCCUGCCGUUGCUUUCCAUGGACAACACCGAAACGUUCCCACAGAAUGAAGAUAUUUCUAGAAGAGAGGUGCUAUUGCAUGAAUCUUGUCCCAGGUCUCUAACCUCAGAAUGAAUCACUUUCCUCUUCGGUCACCACCCUCCACCCCCACCACAGUGAUCUUACCUGCAAAAUGGAGUCUAAAUUCUACACCAUGAAGGCUUUAAGGACUCCAGAGUAUUUUGAGUAGCUUAUUCUCAGUAUUCUCUGAGUAGCUUUACAAUGCUUAGUGCUGAUAAGAGUGCCUAGAUUUUUAAGAGCUUUCCAUUGUGAGUGAGCAUCUGUGUCUCUUAUCCUUUGUACUUACACUUACCCCUUAUCCUUUAUCCAAUUCAUUCACUCAGCAUGCAGUCAGUAAAUAUUUCUUGAGUGCCUAUUGUAUGCCAGACCCAUCUGACACAAGGAGAAAAUGAAGAGAGAAGCUUUUUCACUCUAAAAUUCUUGGUAAUAGCUCCAACGUUGGAAAGGCUGCUCUAGAGAAUCUCACGGAUUGCUUGUAUUUUAAUGCAUUCAUAUGCAGAGUUAUAGAUGGGGAUAUCAGGCCAAGAAUAUGAGUGAUUAGAAGUCGAGGUCUAGGGGCGCCUGGGUGGCUCAGUCAGUUAAGUGUCUGCCGUCGGCUCAGGUUAUAAUCCUGGAGUCUUGGGAUUGAGCCCCAUGUUGGGCUCCCUGCUCACUGUGGAGUCCACUUCUCCUCUUUCUCUCUGCCGCCCCCCCCACUCGUUCUCUCUCUCUCAAAUAAAUAAAUAAAAUCUUAAAAAAAAAAAAAGAAAUCAAGGUCUAAAUCCGAGAUCAUUCCAAAGGGAGAAAGGAAGGAAUAGACAGAAGCUAAAUCCUGCUGUGUUGUAGGCAUCCAAAUAGCUCCCUUAUGGCUCAUUGCAUUAACACCUUACAACACUCUUGGGAGGCUCACAUGAUUACCUCCAUUUUGCAGAUGAAGUAAGUGAGGCUUAGAGAAGUUGUUAAUAAGCAUGAGGAAACGAGUUCUCUGAGGAUUGGGAUGUUCUUACUGGUCUCCUUAGUUCAGUUUCCUGAGAUGGAAUAUUUAGAGAAGGUGAAAUAAAGCCAUAUUUAGUAUACCAGAGAGGGUAGGUUUUAAGAAUGGUCUCAGUGUUAAUAUGAGAAAAUGUGCUGUCACCUCAGAAAAAUGUGAAGUCUACUUUUGUACUCCUAAAUCCAUUGAGUUCCUUAAUAUUUAUUUAUUCUAACAAAAAAAAAGUUACUACAACUAAUGAUACCUUUAAUUCACACUAUUUUUUUUUUCUGUGACUGCCUGUUGAAUGUUAAUCGUAUUUAAGGGAAUGCCUUUGAAAUAAAGCCUUUUUUCCCUGCUACUGAAAAAGAUGGAGCUGUAUAGAGUGGUAUAGUCUUGAAGCGUAGGGAACACACCCAGAGCUAAUGGUGGAGUCUAAGAAUCAUCUUUUUUUUCAACUUCUUUAAAUGACCCCACCCGAGAAGAAAUGUUUUACACUGGAUCUUUCUCAUCUAGAACGAGAACUCUUUUGGAAUAGAAGAUGUUUACAUGUCUGUUGCUGGUCAUCUCUGUGUCUUAAAUACUUUAAUAUUGGAAGACUGUAGUGUUUGGGCAAGUGGGUUUCCGCUAGCCCAUGGGGAUGGGCUGAAACUACUAAAUCCGUCCUUGUUUGCAAUGAUGGUCCAUGUUGUUAUCUUGGAAAUAAAUUAAUAUAUUGUUUUCA